UGAUUCCGUAUCAAGCUGUGCAUCUUGCUUUGGGCUUUGGGUUGGAUCUGCAGCUGUCCUCACAAUGAGUUGUAGUAUUAAGCAGACAACUGGCUCUCUCAGGGGCAGGACCAGCGGUGGCAGCUGUGUGAUUGGUGGCGGUGGUGGUGGUGGAGGAGCGCGCAUCUCCUCCGUCUCCUCUGGAAGAUACACCACGUGUGGGAUAGGUGGGAGCCGGGGGUUUUCUGGUAGGAGCUACUGCGGUGGCGUGAAUUAUGGAGGAGGACUGAGCACUGGCAGUUUGGUUGGUGGAAACUAUGGAGGUGGCUUAGGAGCCGCUGUCCUCGGAGGAUGUUCAGGCAUCGGAUUCAGCGGUGGCAGUGCUCGCUUUGGCGGUGGCAUCGGAGGUGGCCUUGGUAUCGGUCUUGGUGGAGGGGUAGUUGGAGGUGGUUUUGCUGGUGAUGGCAUCCUUCUUUCUGGUGACGAAAAGGUCACCAUGCAGAACCUUAACGACCGCCUGGCUUCUUACCUGGACAAGGUGAGGUGCCUGGAACAAGAAAACGCUGACCUGGAGUGCAGGAUCAGGGAGUGGUACGCCAAGCAGGGCCCCUUCUGUGAGCCCCGGGACUACAGCUGCUAUUACAAAGAAAUAGAAGAUCUUCAGAACCAGAUCGUCUGUGCAACCAUAGACAACAACAAGAUCAUUCUGAACAUCGACAACAGCAGGAUGACAGCCGACGACUUCCGAGUGAAGUACGAGACGGAGCUGGCCCUGCGCCAGAGCGUGGAGGCUGACAUCAAUGGCUUACGCCAAGUCCUGGACCAGCUGACGCUCUGCAGGUCUGACCUGGAGGCUCAGCUGGAGUCGCUGCGGGAGGAGCUCUGCUGCCUGAAGAAGAAUCACGAGGAGGAAAUGAACUGCCUGAGGAAGCAAUCGACUGGAGAUGUGAGCGUGGAGGUCAAUGCCUGCCCUGGCCCAGACCUGAGGAAGAUCCUGGAGGAGAUGAGGUGCCAGUAUGAAACGCUGAUUGAACGCAACCGCAAAGAAGUUGAGGAUUGGUACGAGUGCAAGAUUGAGGAGGUGAAUCGGGAAGUUAUUACGAGCGGUCAGGAGGUAGAGACGUGCAACAAUCAAGUCACGGAACUGAGACGCCAAUUGCAAGCCCUGGAGAUCGAUCUCCAGGCUCAGCUCAGCCAGAGGGACAACCUGGAGUCCUCGCUGGCCGAGACAGAGUGUCGCUACAACAACCACCUUGCUGAGCUGCAGACGCAGAUCACCUGCGUGGAGCAGCAGCUGGGCGACCUGCGGGCGGAGAUGGAGUGCCAGAACCAGGAGUACAAGAUCCUGCUGGACGUCAAAUGCCGCCUGGAGCAGGAGAUCCACACGUACCGCUGCCUGCUGGAGGGCGGCCAGCAGGACCUCAUGUAA